GGACGGUCGGUCUGUCUCCAACAUGCCCUUUCCCACUGCUCUACAACAACUCUCGUCCAGUCCCUUCCAGGAACAUACGCCAAACGUUGUUUGAUAUAGAAUUUGCACGUCCCACGGGCCACACAACCUAACCGAUGGCGGGUGAAGUACGCCAACCCAUCGACGUUCCCUCCCUGGAACGCUACCUCGACCACAAUGUGCCGGUGAUCAAGACCCCCGUGCAAGUGAAGCAGUUUGGUUUUGGCCAAUCCAACCCGACCUACCAGCUUACCACUGCGGAUGGCAAUCACUAUGUCCUACGGAAAAAGCCUCCGGGCAAGCUACUCUCCAAGACGGCUCACAAGGUCGAGCGCGAGUACAAGAUCAUCCACGCCCUGGGGCAGACUGACGUACCCGUCCCCGAGACAUACUGUCUCUGCGAAGACAGCAGUGUUAUCGGAACUCCCUUCUAUAUCAUGGAGUUCCUGGACGGGCGCCACUUUACUGAUCCUGCCAUGCCGGGAGUCGACCCGGCGGAGAGAACGGCGCUAUGGCAGGAUGCGGUCCGGACGUUAGCCAAGUUCCAUCGGGUGGUUCCCAAAGUGGUCGGAUUGGAGGCGUUCGGAAAACCGACGGGCUACUAUGAUCGACAGAUCGCCACCUUCACAGCAGUUGCCCAGGCGCAGGCUCGAGCCGUGGAUGUGGAGACUAGGGAGCCCGUCGGGGAGCUGCCCCGUUUUAUGGACAUGGUGCGCUUCUUUGCCGACAAGGCGACGCAGCCGCAGGAUCGGGGCACGCUCGUGCACGGAGACUAUAAGAUUGAUAAUAUGAUAUUUCACAAAUCAGAGCCUCGAGUCAUUGGGAUCUUGGACUGGGAGAUGGCCACGGUGGGUCAUCCGCUCUCCGACUUUUGCAACCUCACUAGCCCCUACUUCCUGGACUCGGUGGACCACAAGAAGGAUUCGUUCAGGCCGAACCUGGUUCCUGGCCUGCCCACUCGCGCGGACUGUAUCCGCUGGUACCGCGAGGUGUCCGGAUACGACCCCACCGGGGAGAUACCGUGGGGUGAUGCAUUCUUUUCCUGGAGGAGCUCAGUGAUCAUGCACGGCAUCAAGGCGCGCUAUGCGCUGAGGCAGGCCAGUAGUGCCCGUGCGGUGGAAUAUGCCCGGAAUACUAAUCCGUUCGCGCUGGAGGCAUGGGAACGAGUGAAACUGGUACAGGCGCAGAUGCAGCGGAAUAGCAAGUUGUAGAUAGUUGCGCCUCUUAAGAGAGUUCAUGUCCGCCGGGGGGGGGAGGGGG